AUUAAUUUCCGGAAAUGUAACAUGAUUGGUUCUAUUUUUUUAAUUCUAUUUACCGCGUUCCUGCCAUCGGCCAUCUUGAAAGCUUCAUUGGCAACAAAGUAGACCAAAAUGCCACCUAAAAAAAAGAAGGGAAAGGGGAAAGGGAAGAAAAAGAAGAAGGACGAUGCACAGUUGGCUUUAGAUGACCAGUACACUCAAACGAUGAACAAAAUUGAGGCAUUAAAAGACCACUUGGCGGUUAGAAAAGAAUUGGCUCGCCGCAACCAGGCAGCAGGGGAAAGCAUGAAGAGUCAGAUGCAGGAAACACAAGGAGAACUAGAGGAAGUCAAGAAAAAUCAGCUGGACAUCACCUCAGCGAUGACAACACAAUACAAAACGAUGCAAACCAAGAAGAAUUACACCAUUCAUCAACUGGAGAGAGAACUCACACAAACAACAAAGCAAUUGAAGGAAACCGAGAGAAAACUGAAGGAAACAGAGGAUGAAAGAGACAGAAUAAUCAAAGAGAAGGAUGAAGAAAUCGCUGAACUGAAUCAUGCCAUGCAGGCUCUGGAGCACAGUUAUAAACGUAUCCUAGACGAUGCCCUGCGUAAAUUUAUAGAAAAACUUGAGGGUGCAAAAGAAAAAUGGGAAGAAACUGCGACACUUAUCCAGACCCGAAAUAAACAGACAUUGAUGGAGCUUCAGAUGACAGACCCAUGGACUUUUGACGAGGUCAAACCAAUGCGGGCAUUGCAUUUUUAAUUUGUAGAAUACAAUCAUGUUUUAUUUUAUUGUAAAUGUUUAGGUAUGUUUUCUGUAUAUCUAACAUCAUAAAUUGGAAAUUUGUCCUUGGCAAUAAAUUCUGAUUAUGUU